CAGUAUCGUCCUAACCCUUGAACGAUACGCUUGCCGUUUCCAGCCAGCAUCGCGAAUUUAAAAAAAAACUACGACUUAAAUUUUUAAAAUUCGAAUCUUCGCAUCUGGAUUUCAGUGCGCUGCGUUUACGAAUCUCAAGUUCGCUCGCGUUUCGUCGCGAAGUUUUGAUGUUCUUUUGAAUUUAGAACGCUUCCGCGCUUCGGUCUUCGCGCCUUUCAUAUACGUCGCAUCUCGCCCGUCGGCCAUAAUGCACGUGCAGGCGGUGCUCGCGCUGGCCCUGUAUGUGGUCGCCAACGUUCAACGGACGAGCGCCCAGGCGCCAGAAAAACGCCGGACCGGCAACGUGUGCUCCACGGACCCCGAGUGCCCGGACAAUGCGUUCUGCAAAGCGGGCAGCUAUUGUGUGUGUAAAGACGGGUUCAUCUACGCCGCCACUGAGAACGCAGAGAAGGCGUGUUUGAAGGUUGCAUCAUUUGGCGACCACUGCCAACAGCACAUUCAAUGCCACACCAGCUUAGGCGUCCACUCGGAGUGUCUACUGAACACGUGCUCCUGCAAGCCGGGCACCCAGUUCGUCAACAACAGGUGCUAUAAGAUAGCACACGUUGGUGAACUAUGCAUAUCCGACGAAAAUUGCUAUAUACCGCAGGCAAUGCCCGAAGAGCAGGCAUUCUGUAUACGCGGCUUUUGCCAAUGUCAACUGCACUACAACCAACGUGACAAUGGAACAAGAUGCGUACGCGACGCGAACCUCGGCGAGGCGUGCGAGGACGACGGGCAGUGCGCGGGAGUCGGCAUGGUGUGCAAGGGCACGUGCCGCUGCAAGGAGGGCUUUGCUGCGCAGAACGACACCAACGUCUGUCUGCAGUCCCUUGAGAACAUCGGAGAUAGCUGCGAAUACGACAUCCAAUGCGAGAACCUCUCAGGCUCCCGAGCCGUGGGCGCCACAAUGUGCCUGAACGGUGCCUGCUCGUGUGCGUACCACGCGAGGGCUGCCGGCACCCCGCCUCGGUGCUAUGUCACGAGGCGCCCGGGACAACAGUGCCACGCUGAUGAGGAAUGCCUCAGCGAAGACGAUGAACCCGGUUUCUGCCACCAAGGGCGAUGCACCUGUGCGGGCUGCGUGCCCGACGCCCGCGACUUCGCUGACCACGCGUCCUCUCUCGCACCCGUUCCCCUCUGCGCCGCCAUCUUGGCUACGGCCGCCAUGUUGGCUUGAACUUGAAUCUACGCUCGCUGUCCGGACUUUAUGGAGCAUGGCACACUGCAUCCGAUUGCACGUACGAGCGGGAUGUCGCUAUAAUACGUAUAUACACGUAUACAUAGCGUUGUCUCGCUCAAACUUCGGAGCAACGUGCAAAUCGGAUGCAGUGUGCCACGCACCUAACCUUUUGGACACUUUACUUCAAAAACAAAACACUUUACUUUCACGCCAAGGUCACGGGCGCAAGCGAGCUAAUGUGAACCUUACAUGAAAGUGUGAAGGUUACUUUGACAGCGUCCGCCAUAACACCUAUAGUUGUCCUUGGCGCUGUGGGCACGACAAGUAACGAACUUUAGGCGUUCUUGGCUUUCAAAAGGUUAACAAAGUUCUAUAGUUAAGUAACUAAAGUUAAUAGUUAUUUGUUUUAGAAGGGACCAAAGUUGUUGUUUGAUUCAUCAUGCUAUUGAUACCCAAGCAAGCGAAAGAUUCCAGAAUUAAAUUUCGCGCGGAACGAAGUGGUUCGAAAGUGGAAUCUUGAUCGUUACGACGGUUUCAAGGCAUGAGGGUAAAAUAAACUUUGCUACCGAGUGAAACACCACACCAACGUAAGGAAAAUACUAACUGUACAAUGUAAGUAAUAUUUGUAGGUAUCAAAUCCAAAUCAACGCAAUUUAAAAUCAGUAAAUUUUAGCAGCCGACAGUAGGAAACUAACUAAAGAUUGAUUCUAAUUACUUUGUCAAUCUUAUGAAUAUAAUGGAACUAUCUCAUUCGUUUUUGAAGAAUAAAGAAACCCUUAACGAUCUGGUGUGGAAAAGAACUUUCAUCGUUGAAAAUAUUGAAAACAUAAAUAAAAUAUUCCUAAUGUAAAUGUGUAAAUUGUUAACUUAUAAUGUACAUACUACAUGGUAAGAAUAAAUUAAUAUAUUGUUGUUAAUUUUAUGAUUUACUUAAAUUUUAUUGUUUUAGAUGUUUGUGUAGACCAAAGAAUAGGUAGAUUUAAUUAAACGUAUAUUUGACAA